AUGGAAGAAAGUGAAAUUAUAGAAUUAAAAGAAAUAAAAUAUGGAAAAAGAAGAGGUCAAAAUCAAAAGAAAAUUAAAAUUGAAAAUAUAUAUAAAUUAUGGGAAAACAAUGGAAUAAUAUAUAUGAUUAUUGAAAAAAUUAGUAAUAUAAUACAUAUUUCAAUUAUUGGAAUUAUAAUUAGUGUAAUUUGUUUUUAUAAUUUUAAUUUUUUUAAUAAAAGUGAAAAAAUAAUUAUUAAAACAUGGUGGAGAUUAGUAAUAUUUAUUAUUAAUGGAAUAAUGGUUGGAAUUAUGAAUAUUAAAUAUUGUAUUAGUAUUAUUAAAAUAAUUAAAAAAUAUAAAACAACAAUGGAAUUUUGUAAUAAAAAAGAAAAUCAAAAAAUAUUUUAUAUUAAUGAAUGGGAUGAUGAUAUAAAUAAUAAAAAAGGAAUUUGUUAUAAACUUAAUACAGAAAAAGGAAAAAAAAUUCGAAAUGAAAUUGAUAUUUUUAAUGGAGAAAUAGAAAUAAGUGAAAAAGAAAUAAAAAAUAAAAUUUUACAAAAACUAUCCUUUAGAGAUGAUGUUAUAUCUAUUAUUCUUAGAAAAAUAUUUAAAGAAAUUGAAAAAAAUAAUAUAAUAAUUAAAUAUAUUCAAAAAGUUUGUCAAACAAAAUAUUUUAUUAAAUAUUUAAAUAAUGUUUUAAAUAAAACAACUAAAGAAAUAUUUUUAACAACACCUAUUAAUACAAUAACACCAAAUAAAUUUAGUUAUGAACAUUAUUUAUAUUUAAAAGAAUAUAAAGAAAUAAGAUUUAUAUUUAUUGAAACAUUUAAAAGAAAAUUAAUUAUUAAUUUUAAUAAUAAAAUAUUUAUUAGUUUUAUUGGAAAUAUAUUUAAAAUUAUUUCUAAUAUUAUUGAAUUUAUUUUACAAGAUUUUUCUAUUAUUCUUAAUAAUACUUGGUCAUAUGGUGGAAUUAAAUUUUUACAUCAAAUUGAAUUUAAUCAUACUCAAAAAUAUCAUCUUAAUAAAGCUCUUAAACAUGCUAAAAAUAUUAUUGAUAGAAAAAAAAAUAUUAAAUUGAAAAAAAUUAUUGUAAAAAUUAUUAAAUUUAUACUUAUUGGUAGUUUAAUAAUUAUGUUAAUUUUUAAUUUAAAUGAACAUGGAAUUGAAAAUUUUGAUAUUGAUACUUCAUCUGGAUUAUUAUCUUUUUUAAUUCCUUUUAAAAAUUUUAUUACUACAGGAAUUAUAUUAUUUUUUAUUGUUUUAGUAACUCAAUAUUCAAAUGAACCAGAUUUUACAACUUCUUUUAUUGAAGAAAAAAUUAAACUUGAAAAUUUAUUAAAUUAUAAUUUCCCUUCUACUGGUAAAAAUGGAAUUAAUAAUCUUAAUGAUUUUUAUUUACCUAGUUGUUAUGAAUUAUGUUUAAAUGAAUUAUUUGCACCUUUUACUACUAUAAAUUUAUUGAGAAAACAAGAAAAUAGAGAUUUAUUUGCAAAUGGAUUAAAUGAAAUAUGGUAUGAUGAUAGAUUUGUUAAAGAUGAUAGUCCUUAUAAUAAUUCUUAUUUUGAAUUAACUCAAUUUUUAUAA